AAGUACGUCAUCGAUUUAAUAUGGCGCGGGAAAGCCGGGAAGAAAAUGAAAUGGAGGUCCACAGGGAAGUUGUGGAGGAGACGGGCCGUCUCUCCCCGUCGCUGUCAAAAAUGUACGAGACGCAGUUUUUCGGCUUCACCCCGCAGACCUGCAUGCUGAGGGUUUACAGCGCGUUUCAGGACUGCCUCUGUGACAUUUUGCCCGUCGUGGAGAAAGUGUGUGUGAGGCAGCUGAGCAAAGGCGAGUCGGACCCGGCCGAGGAGCAGCUCCGGUCCCGGGCCAGAGAGUGCAGCCGGAAGCUGCAGCAGUUUCUGGAGGAGCGGUUCCAGCAGCUCUCGGAGCGGAUGGAGGCUCUGCUGGUGACCCGCUGCUUCUCCGUGCCCCCCAGUGUCCUGCUACCCGAGGACCAGGCACACAAGAACUGCCCCACGCAGGACAUGCAGGAGGUGCUGAGGAUGGAGACGUCCCUGGAAGACCUCCACAGAGCCUACGAAGCAGAGGUUUGUGCCCGACAGGCCCUGCUAGCAGAGCUGGAGGAGCAGAGGGAGGUUCAGGACCAGCUGGACGGUAUACUGACCUGGGUCCGAGAGCUCCAGGCAGCUUGGGAGAGGGAAGGUAACGGCAGCUUCCAUGAAAGUUUCCGACUGGCGAUGGAGUCCGUAAAGAAACUGCAGGAGGCCGUCAGGGAGGUGCUGGAUUGCAGCAAAGCAUCCUACUGAUCUGAACUCUGGUUUGUUUAACGUUUCUAACACACAUCCCAGAUGAACUAAUUCCCCCCUCUGAAUAUUCAGCAUUUUUUUUCAUUUAGUUUGGAGAGGGGAAAACAAUCAACAAUAAGUUCAAGGUAUGUAAAUAUUAUGGUCCUCUGUUGAGGUUUUUAACCAAGUUAAAGUUUUUGGUUCCCACUGUUUAUGAAGACCGAGAUAUUGUUCAUUUUCUUGAAAGAUCUUAUUAUUAUGAUCUCAUAAAAAUAUUGCAACCAUUUGUUGUGUUGGACUCACGAGUGUCUGCCAUUAUUGAAUUCCAAUAAAAACUGCUUACUAAAAGGUC